UUUUCCUCCUUCGUAUUUCUUAUUGAUUGUAAACAAGUGUUCGGGAUCGAAUCCCAGGAUAAACAGCUUAUUUGGUUAAAGAGCUGCUGUUCGGUGACUGGGGGCUCUUUGGACUCUCCGGUUGGAAAGCUUGUUCGCGUGGGGUUUUCCGUUAUUCUCUCGGCUUCCCGUGGAGGUUUGACUGCGCAGCUUUGACUGUGAAAGAAGAUCAAGCAAACAUGUUUUACACCUGCGGUCCCAAUGAAGCCAUGGUGGUGUCAGGCUUCUGUCGCUCUCCUCCGCUGAUGAUCGCCGGAGGCCGAGUUUUUGUCUUCCCAUGCAUUCAGCAGAUACAGAGGAUUUCUCUGAACACUCUGACUCUGAAUGUGAAGAGCGAUAAGGUCUACACUCGUCACGGCGUCCCCAUCUCUGUCACAGGGAUCGCUCAGAUGAAGAUCCAGGGUCAGAAUAAACAGAUGCUGGCUGCAGCCUGCCAGAUGUUCAUGGGAAAGUCGGAGCAUGAAAUCGCUCAGAUCGCUUUGGAAACUCUUGAGGGACACCAGCGGGCCAUCAUCGCCCAUCUGACCGUGGAGGAAAUCUACAAGGAUCGAAAAAAGUUUUCCGAGCAGGUUUUCAAAGUGGCUUCGUCUGACCUGGUAAACAUGGGGAUCAGCGUGGUCAGCUACACCCUCAAGGACGUCCAUGACGACCAGGAUUAUCUGCACUCGCUGGGUAAGGCUCGAACGGCGCAGGUGCAGAAAGACGCUCGCAUUGGAGAAGCUCUAAACAAGAGAGAUGCUGUGAUCAGGGAGGCUCACGCCAUGCAGGAGAAAAUAUCCGCUCAGUACAAGAAUGAGAUCGAAAUGGCAAAAGCCCAAAGAGACUAUGAGCUGAAAAAGGCGGCAUAUGAUAUUGAAGUGAACACCAAGAAGGCGGAGUCAGAGAUGGCCUAUCAGCUGCAGGUUGCAAAGACAAAGCAGCGCAUCGAGGAAGAGAAAAUGCAGGUCCAGGUUGUUGAGCGGACCCAGCAGAUCACUCUGCAGGAGCAGGAGAUCACUCGCAAGGAGAAGGAGCUGGAGGCCAAAGUGAAGAAGCCCGCAGAGGCUGAGCGGUACCGGCAGGAGAAGCUGGCCGAGGCUCAGCGUCUGAAGAUGAUCAUGGAGGCAGAAGCCGAGGCCGAGUCCAUAAGGAUUAAAGGUGAAGCUGAGGCGUACGCCGUGGAGGCAAGGGGCCGCGCGGAGGCGGAGCAGAUGGCGAAGAAGGCGGAGGCCUUCCAGGAGUAUAAGGAUGGAGCCAUGGUGGACAUGCUGCUGGAGAAACUGCCUCUGAUGGCAGAGGAGAUCAGCAAGCCUCUGAGUGAAGCCAACAAGAUCACCAUGGUGUCCAGCGGAGCCGGGGAAAUCGGCGCCGCCAAGCUGUCUGGAGAGGUGCUGGACAUCAUGACCCGCCUUCCCGAAGCCGUGGAGAAACUGACCGGAGUCAACAUCUCUCAGGUGACUUCUCGUACUGGUUAAAGAGGAUCAACCGAAACCAGGAACUGCGCAGACAGAUCUAUAUUUCCACCGUCUUAUCCGCUUCACACUCUUUCCUGUCUUUUUUCUUCUGUGCAGCUGUAUACCUCAGGUGUUUGUCGUGUCGUUGUAAGAAUCACGCUCUCCUCUCACGUCUUCAUUAGCGUUCUUUGUCGGGGUUGAUGCUCCAGUCUUUCCCCUUUUGGUCACAAACACGUUCACUAUUUAUUUAAACUUUUAACACAAGGACAAUAUUUUACCUCUCUUUUCUGUGUCCAAACCUGAUAUAAAUCCACCAAAUUAAGUGUUUUCCCUCCUUUUAUUUUACAUUGUUUUACUUAAAACUGAGCUUUUUUCCCCUUUCUUUCUCCUCCCUACUGUCUGUGUUUACAUUUCAUGACUGCCUGUCCUGCUGCCUUGCUGCCAAACCUUAAGUGCAUCUUAGCAUGAACAUGUAAUCUAAACAUGAAUACAAAACUGUCAUCUACUAAUUCUACUGACAUGUCUAAUGCAUUUCUAGAAAAAUAUAGUUUUCCUCUGUAUAGAAAUAGAAUAAAAUGUAGGCUCUUUACGCCAUCAGGAUUUCUUAGAUGCUCUUUUCAUCUCCUCCAGGAUCUUUAGCUGAACAGUUGCACCGAGAACUUGUGCCCCAAAUCUAUGCCGCUCUUUAAUAUGUGCUAAUGUGUGUUCAUUAACUGACACAGCUCUGGUGUUCGUGACACUUGGCUAUUUGCAUUUUCAGGACAGAUUUUUCCUCGUUAAUGACUUUUCCAUCCUUCAGAAAUGCAUCACUAACAUGAGAAGUCUUGUUGUGCUAUUUUGCCCUGAUAAUGUAGCAGCUCUGAGGCAGAUCUAACCUGUGAAACCAAAGACAAAGGGUGAAGCUGAAGCCGUGGAAUAGUUUUGAGAGAACUGAAACAAACCUGUUCACAAAAAUAAAUGCUAGAAGAUGGUUUUGCUUCAGGGAAGUUUCACUCUAAAAAUGGAGAAUCAGGAACCAUCCUCACUAUACAAGCCAUUAAAAUGUUCUCAGUUUGCUCUGCAUUACUUUAAAUAACAACAUACAAAACGUGUUAAAGCUCCUAAAUGCAGCCGACACUGAUUCAUUUGCCGGUGUUUAAUUUGGCUCUGUCGCUGUAAAGUAUCCUGACUUGCUCCAAAAGUGUGUUACACAUCAAAACUCUGAUUUUGUUCUAUUAUGUGAAAUACUUUUUAGGAACAGAACAUGUAUAAAUGCAUGAAAAUGUGCUUUAAAACAGAAGAACCUCACUAUUUAAAUGAUAAUAUCUUUCCUCCAUUUUUUUCUUUUCUUUUAACGACAUGAAAGUUCAACAUUUAUGCUCGAAUUCUUGUAACUUUUUCUUGUUUCCUUCACCGUCUUUGUCUACCUGUUGGUAACAGUACAGAUAGAUGUACUGAAAUGCAGGUGUAUAGGAUUCAUUUACAGAUAAGGAUUGCUGUUACACAUGCAUCAGUACCUGUCACACUUGAAACUGCAACGGUAUAUUGUUUCUGAGCAGGACCAGACCAAACUGUGGUUUAGUCAAAGUAAGAAAUGUCUUAUUUGCUGCUUAUAGGAAGAAAAUCGAUAUCAGUGUGCUUCUGUUCUGUUUUUAGUGCCGUGGUACUAAAGUGAUACUAUUUAUGUAGUGUAUUAUGCACUAUACAUUUGAUAUUUAGCUUAGCAUUGACUGUAUUGGGAGUAAUACUAAUGGCACUACUAAUCCAAGAGAAUCCCCUGUGUAUCAUCAGAAAAGUGUAAAAAAAAAAUCUGCAAGUUUAGAAACUUUGUCAUUUUGAACACUGCUGUCAGCUUUUGUUGUGCUUAUCCACUGUUUGUGAAGCUUGAAAAAUUUGUCUUUAAAAAAAUGCAACUACUUUCAUGUACACACAUUAUAUAUAAUAAAUUCUAAACCAAAA